AUGACUGAAGCAAACCAAAGUGUCACUGAAUUCCUCCUAUUGGGUUUCUCCGAAAGUGCUGAGCAGCAGCUCCUCCUGUUCAGCGUCUUCCUAGGCAUGUACCUGGUCACUGUCAUGGGGAACCUGCUCAUUAUUCUGGCCAUUGAGUUUGACCCACACCUGCACACUCCCAUGUACUUCUUUCUGGCCAAUCUCUCUUUUGCUGAUGCUUGUUUUUCUUCCACUACAAUCCCCAAGAUGCUGGUGAACAUUCAGACACAUAGUCAGACCAUCUCAUACCAAGGAUGCCUGGCCCAGAUGCACUUUUUCAUGACAUUUGGGGCACUGGAUGACUUCCUCUUGGGAGUGAUGGCCUAUGACCGCUAUGUGGCUAUCUGCCGGCCUCUUCACUAUUCCACACUCAUGAGUCCUGUUAUGUGCCUGAUCCUCCUUGCAGUCUGCUGGGUGCUCACGAACCUCGCUGCCCUCUUACACACCCUGCUUAUGGCCAGGCUUUCCUUCUGUGCAGGCAACACUAUCCAUCACUUCUUUUGUGAUGUUGUCCCUCUGCUUCAGCUCUCCUGCUCAGACACUGGUACUAACCAGGUAGCUCUGUUCAUUGUGGGCUCCAUGAUACUCACUGGCCCGCUCUCAUUGAUUGUUUUGUCAUACGCACGGAUCAUCUCCACUAUCCUUAGAGUCCCAUCUGCCUCAGGCAGGCAAAAGGCUUUCUCCACCUGUGGCUCCCACCUCACUGUUGUCUUCCUUUUUUAUGGGGCGGCAAUCGGUGUCUACCUAUGCCCCCCUUCAUCACACUCAGGGGGGAAGGACAGGGUGGCAGCUAUAUUUUACACAGUGGUAACUCCUAUGCUGAACCCCUUCAUCUAUAGCCUCAGGAACAAUGAUAUGAAGUCUGCACUGAGAAGGCUUUUUGGAGCUCCUGCAGCUUCUUCACGGAGACUUUAA